CGGGGAGCGGAGGGGCGGGGGCUCCGGAGCCCGCGGGCCGCUCCCCGCGCCCAGCGCCCGCCCGCCCGCCCUCCAGCUCUCGGGCUUCGGCUGCUGCAGCGCCAGCGGGACGCGAAGGCACAGAGACCCCGGCCCCGCGGGCAAAGACAAUUGAAGAGAUUCCUGCCUGGACUUGGUCCCAUACUUAGAAAAAUCAGCUCCAAAGAGGAAAAAAAAUUACGAGAAAGAAAAAAUAAGCAGACAAACAACAACAACAACAACAACAACAACGACAAAGAUCUCUUUGGGAUACAGGCCCAGUAGAGCCAUUGCAGGAUCAAAAGUGCACCACUCACUCAGCCAUGGCGAAACUGGAAACCUUGUCCGUGUGCGCUGACCCUGGCCGCGACCCCCUCCUGGCCUUUGCCCCUCGGCCCCCCGAGCCCCGCCCCACAGCCCCCCGCCUCGUGGCCAUGGGCAGUGUGGGCAGCGGUGUGGCCCACGCCCAGGAGUUUGCCAUGAAGAGCGUGGGCACACGGACAGGCGGGGGCUCGGGCGGGGGUGGCCGAGGGGGCUACCCUGGGCCGAGGGGCGGCGGGCCAGGGUCUGGCAGUGGGGACCUUCCAGCCAGAUACCCCUCCGAAGACAAAGCCCUGGCCAACUCCCUGUACCUCAAUGGGGAUCUGCGGGCCGGGGCCAGUGGCGGUGGAGACCGGACGGAUGUCUGUGGCAACAUGGUCAACAACAGCAGUGACAAGGCCCCCCCUCAGUACCGGGAGCCCGGUCACCCACCGAAGAUCCUGCCCACCUCCGGCAAGCUGGACCAGUGCACAGAGCCCCUGGUGAGACCGUCCGCCUUCAAGCCCGUGGUGCCCAAGAACUUCCACUCGAUGCAAAACCUGUGUCCGCCCCAGAGCAACGGGGCCUCGGACGGGCGCAAAGGCCCCGGGGGCCUGAAGGGUGGGGGGCUGGAGAAGGCCCGGACUAUGACCCCGGCAGGCAGCAACAGUGGGGGGGGUGGAAGCAGCAGUGGGGGCGGAGGACUCUCGGACUCGGGCCGAAACUCACUGACCAGUCUGCCUACCUACAGCUCGGGCUACAGCCAGCACCUGGCACCCCUGAGCGCCUCCACCAGUCACAUCAACCGGAUUGGCACAGCCAGCUAUGGGGGCGGGGGUGGCCCCAACAGCGGGGGCCCCGGCUACCACGACCUUUCCUCCUCAGACAGUGGGAGGGCUUCCAGCAAGAGCACACCCUCCUUUGGGAGGCUGAACCCCUUGGGGUCUGGGGAGACCGGUAGCAACAGUGGCGUGAGGGGUGGGGGCGGCCUGGGCUCUUUCCCGGCCUCUCCCCCUUCACCGGAUGCAGUGAUCCACGAGCUGGAGGAGCGCCUGUGGGAAAAGGAGCAGGAGGUGGCGGGGCUCCGCAGAAGCCUGGAGCAGAGCGAGGCGGCCAUUGCCCAGGUGUUUGAGGAGCGGCAGAAAGUGUGGGAGCGGGAGAUGGAGGAGCUGAGGCAGAACUGCGCGGGGAAGCUGCAGCAGGUGACCCGCCGGGCCCAGCGCGCCCAGCAGGGCCUGCAAAUGCAGGUGCUGCGGCUCCAGCAGGACAAGAAGCAGCUGCAGGAGGACGCGGCCAGGCUCGCCAGGCAGCGAGACGAGCUCCAGGAGAAGGUGGCCGCCUGCCAGAAGGAGCAGGCGGACUUUCUGCCCCGUAUGGAGGAGACCAAGUGGGAGGUCUGCCAGAAGGCGGGUGAGAUUUCGCUCCUGAAGCAGCAGCUGAAGGAGUCCCAGGCGGACGUGAGCCAGAAGCUGAGCGAGAUCGUGGGGCUGCGCUCGCAGCUGCGCGAGGGCCGGGCCUCCUUGCGCCAGAAGGAGGAGCAGCUGCUGACCCUGCGGGACUCGCUGGGCGCCAAGCAGCCCAGCCUAGAAUUGCAGUUGCGGGAGGGGGAGGCGGAGCUGGGCCCGGGGUUGCGGCCGCGGGACCGCCUGGGCCCCAGCGAGUCUCGGACCGGAGAGGCCCCCGCCGCCCCCGCCGCCCCCGCCGCCCCCGCCGCCGAUGGGACGGCGGCCGCCUCCGGGGAGGCCGCUGACCUCUGCGAGAGCGACGAGGCCAAAAUGCGCCGACAGGCGGCGGCCUCCUCCUCGUCGUCGUCGUCUUCGGGGGCCCCCCAGGACGCGGAGGGAGACCCGGCGGACACGGCCGGCGCCCGGGCCCUGCGGCGGGAGGUGGGCCGGCUGCAGGCGGAGCUGGCGGCUGAGCGGCGCGCCCGGGAGCGGCAGGGCGCGGGCUUCGCGGAGGAGCGGCGCGUGUGGCUGGAGGAGAAGGAGAAGGUUAUCGAGUACCAGAAGCAGCUGCAGCUCAACUACGUGGAGAUGUACCAGCGCAACCAGGAGCUGGCCCGGCGCCUCGGGGAGCUGGGGGCCGCGGGCGCCUCCCUGCCCGCGCCCAUGCCUCUGCCCGGCCCCGUGCCCGCGGCCCACGGAGGCCCGGCGGAAGAGAAGAAGGCCUGGACCCCAUCCCGCCUGGAGCGCAUCGAGUCCACUGAAAUCUGACCCCGGCCGGCCCCUGCAGGACAGCUCCGUGGGCGGUCUUUUCUAGUCUGGACAAGGCCCUUCCCCCAGUGACCUAUGGUGGCCUUUGGUCCUUAAUCGAGGUCCCUAGCCCCCUUCCCCAGAGUCCCCAGACCAAAGAGGUUCACGAAGCUCCGGUGACCGUACCCCCCACCCACGCCCACACGGUGGCAGCCCCAAGAUUUUCCAUUCCCCAACUCUAGGCUUCCCAUCCCGGGCUCCUGCCUGGAGGAGGAGGAGGAAGAGGAAGAGGAAGCUAGCCUGCUCAGGAUCCCUGGUGGGAUGAGGGUUGAGGGACCUAGUCAUGUAGGUUGCCGUGGGAGUGGACUUGGAGAAGCGGGUGAGCCCUGACCGCCGGUGAUCCCAAAGCACACUUUGAGCAAGUCCUGGGCCAGUGUCUCCCCUGCAUUUCCCUAUCCCAGUCCUUGCCGAGUCCCCAGGCCCCAUCUCCUCCAUGCACUUUCUAAUUGGGGGUAUCCUCUCGGCACGACCAAAGACCCUAGGGCCCUCCCCCCCCACCCUUCGGUAGAGCCGAGCACCCUCCAGCACUUUGUUCUCCAGGGCAGUUAAGGGUUGGGGUCCUAGCUGAGCUGCGGGAGGCAGGGUUGGCAGCUGAAAGCCUGGGAGUCCCGGUGUGGAUUAAGGUGGGAGUGGAGUGUCUCUUCCUGGGUCCUGGCUUGUCUACACCUAUUCCACCCCCUCCCCGCUCAGUCACUCUGUCCCUGCCCUGUAUCUCCCUCCUCCCCUCCUAACCUCCAUGGCCAACCACUGCCCCCAGCCUAAUCACCUCCCCACCCCCACCCCUGGGGCAAAAAGCUUGAUCUCUGACCAUUUCUGAGGAACACACCUUUAGGGUUCCCGUUAUCCUAGGGAACUGAUACCAGGCCUAACUGUGAUGGGGCUAGAGGUGGGGGCCUUCUUGGGAUUCACCAGCAAUAACAGGGAGGUUCAGCAUGGUCAUCUCCCCCCAUCCCAGAGCUGACCUGGGGGGAGCUUGUAAAUCUUGUGCCCUCCCCCCCAAUCAAUGGGCCCCCAUAACUCCAAGCCCUGAUUGCCCCAACCCAACUAGGACUGUUCUUGAACAACCAAACUUCAAAACAAAUCCUUUAGUCCCCUGAGACGCCCCAGGAGCGAGCCGGCCAGCCUGACCCUCGAGGGUAUAGAUGAACAGGCCAGCCCCCUGGGAAGAGAGCUGAGGAACACAAGCGGGUGGCCUGGGGUGAGGGACAGAGGGAGGCUGCCUAGUCUAUAAGGUAGGAGUGCCCUCAGCUAUUGAGAGGAAGCAGUUCUGAAAGGAACUCGACCCUUGUCUGUUUAUCCAACUGUGCAGGACUUUGGGGGUUUUCACCAAGAAAUAAAGAGAAAGGCCAACCCCUCUAAA